UUCUCUUCCACCUCAUCCUCUUUUGCAAAACCCUCCUUCUCUACUCAGUCCAAAUCCAGUUGUCAAACACUGAAUUCAAGGACUACCCAAUUCACAAGUUUCGUUUUUGACACUCUUAUCUUCCUCUGCUUACCCAGUUCACGGUUCUAUGUAAAUGGGUUAGCGGUUAAUCCUGAAAAAUGGCUCUUGCUGGGUCUGUAGUGGAGCUUCAAUCUUCUUCUUCUAUAAAGAAGAAAACUGCUGUUUCAAGAAGCUGGAUUUUGCUCGACCAUGAUGGUAGAGGAACUAUAUUGGAUGUGGACAAGUAUGCUAUUAUGCGCCUGGUUGAAAUUCACGCAAGAGAUCUUCGAAUUUUGGACCCUCUCCUAUCAUAUCCUUCCACCAUUCUCGGCAGAGAGAAAGUCAUUGUUCUCAAUUUAGAGCACAUUAAAGCUAUUAUCACAGCGGAUGAGGUGUUGUUAAGAGAUCCAAUGGAUGAUGACGUUGUGCCUAUUGUUGAGGAGCUUCGACGACGGUUACCAAGAGAAACUGCUGCUGGACAAGGCCAAUUAGGAGAAGAAGAGGCGUGUGCUCAAGACGGUGAAGAAUUUCCAUUUGAGCUUCGGGCCUUAGAAGUUGUAUUAGAAGCAAUUUGUAGUUUCCUUGAUGCACGGACAAGAGAGUUAGAGACUGCUACUUACCCAGCUUUGGAUGAACUCACCUCUAAGAUCAGCAGUCGUAAUUUGGAUAGAGUGCGAAAACUGAAAAGUGCAAUGACGAGGUUAACAAAUCGAGUUCAAAAGAUAAGAGAUGAACUAGAGAACCUACUUGAUGAUGAUGGUGACAUGGCUGAUCUUUACUUAUCAAGAAAGUUGACUGUUUCAUCCUCUCCCGCAAGUAGCUAUAAUGCUCCCAACUGCCUUUAUAGCUCUCCCAAUCUAGGUUCAAAGAUACAGAGAUCAAGCAAAGCAAGUGCAACAACUGUUCAAGGGGAGAAUGAUGUUGAGGAGCUCGAAAUGUUACUUGAGGCCUAUUUCACGCAAAUUGAUGGCACACUAAAUAAAUUGACCACAUUGCGAGAAUAUAUUGAUGACACAGAAGAUUACAUCAACAUACAGCUUGACAAUCACCGAAAUCAACUAAUUCAGUUAGAACUCUUCCUUAGUUCUGGGACUGUCUGUCUGUCCAUAUAUUCGUUGGUGGCUGCAAUAUUUGGUAUGAACAUUCCAUAUACAUGGAGAGAAGGUCACGGAUAUAUAUUUAAAUGGGUGGUGAUCUUUUCGGGAAUUGCUUGUGCAUCUUUGUUUUUAUCCAUAAUAUCUUAUGCACGACGCAAAGGUCUUGUGGGGUCUUGAAAUGCUUAUAAAGAUGCAUGUUGGGCGACAUCAGAUUAAGCCAACGGCGGAAAGUGGAAAUCCAUGUUCAAUUGGGAUGUAUGGCACCAAAAUGUUAUGCGCGUAAUAGUUUCGUUUUCAUAUAGAAUGGCUCUUAGUUGGCAAGUUUUAUGCACUGAAUAAUUUUUUUUUUAAAAGAAAAAGAAUAAUUGUAAAAUCCCAUUUUAGUUUUCUACCUUUUUUAUUUAAGGGA